GGAAGUGACGUAUGACUGCUCGCAUCCAUUACCGGAACUCACAUUCCUCACCUGAAGGGAAGCAAUGGACGUGGUGUUGUACGGAGUUGCUGCUGCAAUUCUCCUCCUGCUGAUCUUGUUUGCGGUGAAAGUACGGGGACAGGCGGAACAAGCUGAUGGUGAGCACAGGCAGGAUGUGGUGGCCCGAGCCGCAGCACGCCCCCGUGUGGCGGAGGAGCGCGGCGCAGGCAUGCCGAGACGCAGGGGGAUCAGAGGGAUGGAGCACAGACGCACCCACAGGGACGACUCUGACCAGGAGGACCUGAAUGUGGAUGAGGAACAUGAGGAGGCGGAGCUUCAGUUCCAGGCAGCAGGGAAAGUGGGAGCCAAGAAGCAGAGGAAGAUGGAGGAGAAGCAGGCCAGGAGAGUGCAGAGAGAGGCGGAGCUGGAGGAGCGAGAGGAGAGGAAGAGAGCUCAGGAGCUGAGGGAGGAGGAGAGAAGAAAGGAGGAGGCGCAAGAGAGGCUCCAGGAAAAGAGACAGGAGGAAGAGGAGCUACGGGCGAAGGAGGAGCAGGAGAAGAAGGAGGAGGAGGAGUACUUGCGGCUGAAGGAGUCCUUCGUCAUCGAGGAGCAGGGAGUCACCGAGGAGCUGACAGAGCAGGAGUCUCACAGUCUCCUUCAGGAGUUCAUUCAGUAUGUGAAGGACUCCAAGGUGGUUCUGCUGGAGGAUCUGGCAUCCCACUUCGGUUUGCGCACACAGGAUGCCAUCUCCAGACUGCAGGAUCUAAUGGCUGAUGGUUCGCUCACAGGCGUGAUCGAUGACAGGGGGAAGUUCAUCUUCAUCACCCCAGAGGAGCUGAGUGCCGUGGCGAACUUCAUCAGGCAGAGAGGAAGAGUGUCCAUCAGCGAGCUGGCGCAGGCUAGCAACUCCCUCAUAAACCUGACCCCUGAGAUCCGCAACUCAGCCUGAAACGUUCACGCGUGUUACCUUUACCGUUACAUCACAUCCUGGCAUUUAGGAGACGCUGUCGUCCAGAGCGACCUACGCUCUUAUCCAGAGUGACCUAUGCUGUCAUCCAGAGCGACCUACACACACACAUACACACACACAACGCACAUAUACAUGCAUGCAACACACACAUACACACACAUAACGCACAUAUACAUGCACGCAACACACGUACACACGCAGCACACAUACACACACACAACGCACAUAUAAACACGCACUGCACGUAUACACACACACACACACACCCAAGACGUCUGCCAAAAGGACUGUUCCCCAUCAUUCAUUUUGAUCUCCUUUGUGAAUUUGUUUGAACGAAAAAUAUAUUUGUUUCAGCAGUAA